CAUAUAUAUACACAUGGAGAAAACAUCCACAGGAGAAGAUGGCCUCAACACGACGUCCCCUGCUUCCACCACCACCACCGCGGAAAACCCAUCGGAUUCGAAUCCUCCACACACCGGGACUAGACACCCGGUCUACCAUGGCGUCCGGAAGCGAAGGUGGGGCAAAUGGGUGUCCGAAAUCCGAGAGCCACGAAAGAAAUCGCGCAUUUGGUUAGGUUCGUUCCCAAUCCCAGAAAUGGCAGCCAAGGCUUAUGAUGUUGCCGCAUAUUGUCUCAAAGGACGUAAAGCGCAGCUCAAUUUUCCUAAUGAGGUGGAGCACUUGCCGCGGCCGUCGACAUGCUCGGCUAGGGAUAUUCAGGCAGCAGCAGCAAAGGCGGCGCAAUUGAAGAAAAGCAUUGUGAGGGAUUGUGACGGGGAAGAUGAUUUCUGGGAGGAGAUUGAAUUGCCGGAAUUAAUGAAUAGUGAUCAUGGGUGUCAUUGGAGCGCUUGUGGGUGGACGUUUGCCGGGGAUGCCACGGUGACCACGAUGCCGGACGGAGAGGCUCCGCCGCAGUACUACUUCAUGGCAUGUAACUAAUAAUAAUAAUAAUUAUUAUUCUUAUUAUAUGCGUAUAAUAGGGGUGGCGUUUUAGUCAUAAAAGGUAAGAUUGACUAAUAUUAAUAAUCUUACGUUAUACUAUAUAUAAUAUAUAUAUAUAUUUUAUUUUUUUUGUAUUUGAAGAUUUUCAUGAACUCUUUUUUUUUUUAAAUAAGUGGGUGUGGGGGUUCGAACUUGGAUACGACACGAUUCAAGUAUAUGUCUUAAUUAUCUCGACUCAGGAGUUGUUGACGAAGAUUUUCAUGAACUCAUUUUUGUGUAUGUGAGAUUGUGUAGCAUACACAAACACCAUGAGUGAAAGAAGAUACCUCUUUUAAUUUUAUGGAACUACACUCAUUUUUGUGUUUAUAUUCAUAACCAUAUAUUGCAAAGUGUGUAUGAGUUUGUUGGUUUCCAAAUUUAUGAACAAUCGAGCUUUCAAAGUUCUUAA